ACGUUAGAAUUAAUUUUAUUUACAUGUUGUUAUCAAGCACAAAAUUAAAAAGCGCUUAAGGAAAAUUUUCCAAUUCUUUUAAAAUGUUCUUUUAAAAGAAUAAGUCUAAUGUAUUACAAUGGGUACGGUGCAUGCAUCAAGAAAAAAAUUAGAAGAACCAAGUGUAAUAAGUAAUGAAGAUUGUAUACCGUGCGAAGCAGAAGACAGAGCACCAGGAAAUCCUGGUAGUUUCGAAGAUAUACAUAAAAAGGUUAAAGAUCUAUAUCCGCAAAACUUUGAAGGUGCGCGGCUCAUCAUCAACAAAAUUCUUAGUCAACAUUUUAAUGUGACGCAUACUAUUACUCUCAGUUCCGUUACCCCGUCUGGAUAUAAAUUCGGUGCAAAAUAUAUUGGUACAAAAGUGGUUAAUCCUAAUGAAAGAUAUCCUGUAGCUUCGGGAGAUAUCGCACCAAAUGGAAAUUUGACCGCCUCUUUUAUGCAUACGCUUGGAUGUAGACUUAGGUACAAAUUAUCGGCACAAAUUGCCGAUGGAAAAUGCAAAGCAUCGAGUUCCAGUUUGGAAUAUCGGUCGAAUGAUUUCACUGUAGCGAUAACCCUAGCCAAUCCAAAAUUUACAAAGAAGCAAGGAACAGUGGUAAUACACUUUUUACAAUCGAUCACAUCGAGAAUUGCGUUAGGAGCCGAGAUUGCAUGUCUUCGUGGCUCAAAAGUUCCAGGCGGUCAACAGACGGUCAUGUGCAUGGCUUUUAGACACAGUACAGGACUUACAACAUUAUCUGGGACUAUAGGUGAAGCUGGUCUUCAUCUUUGUUAUCAUCGCAAAGCUAGCUCGCAAUUGGAAAUUGGGGUCGAGUUAGAAACAAAUACGAGAACACAUCAGUCAAUUGCUACUAUAGUUUAUCAAGUAAAUGUACCAUAUGCGGAUCUUCUUUUCCGAGGUAUCGUGAAUUCUGAAACUACAGUCGGUGGUGUAUUUGAGAAGAAACUAUACCCAAUUCCAGAAUCCUCACUGAUUAUUAGCGCACUUUUAAACCAUAAAAAACAACAAUUUCGUGUGGGAGUUGGUCUUAAUAUUGGACAAUAAUGAAGAAUGUAUGAUAUAAUUUGUUACGUGUAACUAUCAUCAUGUUUCUUUUUUUCAUUAUUUAUAAGAAUAAUAAGAAGAAUCAUUUCAAUAAUAACAGAAAUUAACAUAAGAUGAUUGUAAUUAUUUCUUUUAAAAUUUUACAAAGUGAAAAAACUUUUGCAAACGUUACAAUUUUCGUCGCGCAAUAAUUUGCGAUAAUGUAUCAAUCGCAUUAUAUAUUUUAAAGAAUUGUUAUGCUUACAUA